AUGGCCGAAGACGACAUACCAACCUACACCAUAAUCCAAGCCGACGGCCUCUACCCCGAUGACAACCUCGAAAGAACCCUCUUCGCCCCCCGACCCGGACAGAAAUACAAGCUCAACUACGUCCAAACGAACCUCUACACCAGCAUGGCCACGGAGAUGAAACCCUGGUCCGACAUCCCAGAAGACCUUCGUAACCAAGUCGACGGCAUCGAAGUCCUCAAAAUGCCUUUCACCGCUGAAGACGUCGCGCUGUUCCCACAGCUCAAAGUCAUCGUCCGCAUGGGCGUCGGGUAUGACAAACUCGACCGCGUUGCGCUGGCGAAACGCAACGUCACGGUCUGUAAUGUACCCGAUUACGGCACGGAGGAGAUUGCCGACCACGCCAUUGCACUCACGCUUUCCAUGCGUCGCGGCAUCUUGAUUCAUAACGAACGACAGCGCGCCACUCCGCCUGCGCCUUGGGUGAUCAUUCCCACGCCUCUGGUAGCGCGGCUGCGGGACUCGACGUUCGGGAUCCUAGGCCUUGGGCGCAUCGGAACGGCUGCGGCGCUGAGAGCGAAGGCUCUUGGGUUUAAGGUGCUGUUCUAUGAUCCGUAUCUGCCGAACGGGGCGGAUAAGAGUCUCGGGGUGGAGCGGACGAAAGACAUCAAGGAGCUGUUCCGCCGUUCGAAUGUACUAAGUCUGCAUACGCCAUGUACGCGCGAGACGAGAGGAAUGGUAGAUUACGAUCUUCUCUCCCUCUUACCGCCAGGAGCUGUCCUGGUCAACACCUCCCGUGGCGAGGUACUGCAACUCGACGGCGUAGAGAAGUGUCUCAAGGAAGGCUCGCUAGCCGGCGCAGGACUGGAUGUGCUUCCCGAGGAGCCCAUAAACGAGGACAAAGUGCACCCGCUUAUCCAAGCGUACCGGAGAAAAGAGGACUGGUUGGAGGCGUUCUACAGCCCAGAGAGCUUCAUCGAUAUACGGCAGAAGAGCGCGGAGACAAUGCGGGAUGUUCUAAUAGAUGGAUUAAAGUCUAAUGUCAUCACGCCUGACAUGGAAUGA